AUGUCGUUUGCCAACAGCAAUGAGUUGUCUCAAAACUUGCAGGCAUUGGACCUAAAUAAUCAGCAGCCUCUGUCACAUUCAAGCAAGAAGAGAUCAAGACGAGCAUUUCACACAAAUUUCAAUUCUCCUGUUGCAACAGCGGCACCAACAGUAGCGCCAACCCCAGCGCCUAUAAACUCAUCUGGCGUACCACAGGCUCCAAACUUUAGUGACUCGUUAAAUGCGCAAGUCCACGGAUCACAAUAUCCGCCGCAGACUCAAUCUGUUUCAGUAAGUUACGAGUCACACAACGCGCAGCAAUCGGUACCGUCGUUGCAAUCUUUUAGAUAUUUGGCACAAAAGGAGUAUGACACACCAAAUGAGGAAGGUAAUUACAAGUCAUUUUUAACCUUUUCAGAAACAGUUCCGCCUGAUGCAGGAGUGCAGUUUCAUUUCACCGAUCAAGGCACGGCCUCUUCCAAAUACAUGCGCUCUACGAUGUAUUAUGUCCCAGAAUCAGAAAAACUAAGACUGGCCAGCAAACUACCAGUGGCAAUAACAAUCAGACCAUUUGCACCACUCUUGGAAACAGAGGAGCCUGUACCAACAGUCGAUUAUCAGAAUGAUGUCAAUCCUGAAAUUGCCUCAGACAACGAAGAUCCAUUGAGUAAAGGCCCAUUGAGAUGUCACAGGUGUCGAGCUUAUGUCAAUUCAUCGAUGCAGUUCACGCACAAUCAAAGGUUUAUUUGCAAUAUUUGUCAGUUUGCCAACAAUGAUGUUCCACCGGAGUAUGCAUCAGCUCUUGAUGCUAGAGGCUUCAGAAUUGACAAAUUAGUCCGCCCAGAAUUACAUAAAAGUGUAUACGACAUGCGUGUUCCAAAAGAGUACAACUUUGGGGACAGUCACAAGACCCCCGAGCCUUUACAUAUUGUAUUUUUGGUUGAUAUUUCAGAAAAUAGUAUCAAACAGAGUUUACCAAUUUUGGUAAGUGAGUCUAUUAGAACAACUUUGUUCAACUACAAGGAGGGUGCAUCUGAAAUACCAGCUCCUUACAAAAUAGCCAUCAUGGCCUUCGAUAAGAAGUUGCAUUUCUUUAAUUUGUCCCAUAGGUUAGAAAGGACCCAGAUCUCCAUCUCCUCAGAUCUUGAAGACCCCUUUGUUCCAUUUGAUGAAGGCUUGUUUGUGGACCCAGUUGAAAGCCAGUUUGUUAUAGAAGAUGCAUUGAACUACCUUGAGCAGUUGUGCAAUUCUGAGACACACGCGUUCGACUUAGAACCUUGUUUUGCAGUUGCUUGUAAAACCGCGGGCAUGUGUUUGGAGAUGCAUGGUGGGGGUAAAAUUGUAUCGGUUUUGUCAAACCUACCAUCUUGGGGCCCAGGAGGGUUGACAUACAAGGACAACAAAGCUGUUGGCAGAACUCCGGCACCUGAAGUGGAAAAGAAAAUAUUUUUACCCAACAGUGAGUAUUACAAAAGCAUGACAAAGUAUUUUAUUCAAAGUGGAGUAGGAUUGGAUCUUCACGUCGCAUCGCAUGCCUCUGUUGAUCUUUCAAACCUUGGAUUUUUGGUGUCAUCAACAGGAGGAGAGUUGACACGCUGGCCAAAUUUGAAUUACGAGAGAGAUGGCCGCUUAUUCAUUGCCAAGUUCAAAAACUCAGUCGUGAAUACAACUGGUUAUCAAGGGCAGUUGAAAUUACGAUGCUCGAAUGGAUUGCAAGUCAUUGAUUAUUACGGUACUUCGUCAUCGAUAAAAGACACCAGCAUAUUAGGGUCAGUGCAGGAUCCAGUAAUCCCUGUAUUAAGCAAGGAUCACACAUUUACCGUAUUACUUCAGUACGAUGGCAUCCUCAGUCGGAAGCUAGAUUGCCAUUUCCAAGCAGCAUUGCUCUACACUGACAACUAUGGUCAAAGAAAGGUCCGAGUAAUUAACUUGGUUUUGGCAGUAACAAAUAAACUAGAGGAUGUUUUCAAUUUUGCAGAUGAAAACGCCAUUGUGGCAACAUUGGUCAGAGAUACACUCAAUUUCGUAGGUCAGCAGACCUUGGUCGAAUUGAGAGAGUCGCUCAAUACAAGGUUGGUGGAUGUUUUCUCGCAAUAUAGAGCCAUGACCGAGUAUGGCCACAAUCGUGCGAAAACGUUGAGCAAUAACCUUUUAUUCCCAGACUCAUUGAAACACCUACCGAUUUACAUUUUGAGCUUUUUGAAAACGCAUUCAAUCAAUGCUUCGACUGGAUUGUCGGCAGACGCACGGUUAGUUGACUUGUUCAACAUGUUAAACAUGCCUUUGGAGAGAUUAAUGUAUCACUUGUACCCAGCAUUGAUUGAAAUACAUUCACUAGCUCCAGAAGAAGGGACCAUAGAUGAGGCUACUGGGUUUACAAGACUUCCUGAAUAUAAGGGCUUGUCGUUAAAGAGUUUGGAUAGAGGGGUUUACAUUUUAUGCGACGGAGUUAGAGUGUACGUAUGGCUCGAUCCAGAAGCAAGCAUCAUGCUUAUAAAGGAUCUUUUCGGGGAACAAUAUGAAACCAUAGAUGAAAUCGACGCAUUUAUGGAUGAAUUGCCUGAAUUACCAUCCGAAAUUUCCCAACAAGCCUGCAACUUGGUGCAAUUUUUAAACAAACAAAUCGUUGGUGUUCAAUCUUCUGCGGUGCAAAUUAUACGAAAGGGUAUCGACGGAUCUGAGCACAGUUUCAAAGAGUUUUUGCGAGAAGAUGCUUUUGGUGGUGCUAUGAAGGCCACAAACGGAAUUAGUUUCAGUGAAUAUCUCACUAGUUUGCAUAAAGCUAUAAAGGUCCAAUUGGAGAGCGACAAGGCAUCGCAAGCUAUCCGACAAUCGAUAUCAACCGUCGAACACGACGCAGGAACCUUGGCACAAAGAUUCAUAAACUUUUGA